CUUAUUUUCAUUUUCCAGCCUCGCUCUCCCAAUCGCAGACAUUCCAUCUUCCUUGCUCCGCCGGCAGCAUUCUGUCCGCCGCUCUCUCAGAGAAUUCUCAAUUUCGAGCGACCUAGGGCUCGAAAUGGUCCCAGAGAACGAUGUCAAGAGGGAUGCCUCUGCAGAUUCCCCUACUUCAGUCCUCGAAGACGAGGAUACAUGCAAGGAGAAUAUUGGGGUCAAGUUGGACAAUGAUAUGGUUCUAUCUCUUGAUGCGAAAAAUGGAGAUUCUUCCCUCAUAUCAAGAACAAUGGAAGAGGUGGAGGAAAAGCUGCUGGAAGCCCGGGUGAAGGAAGAGGAUGCAGAAAAUGUACCAGAGUCCAAUGAUGCACUUCAUUUGAAUGAUAUUCAGUUCACUAAGUUGGAUGAACUACUAACGCAAACACAGAUGUACUCAGAAUUUUUGCUGGAGAAAAUGGACGACAUCACAUUGAAUGGAGUGGAGGAGCAAGAUGAUGUAACUGUUGAUGAGAAGAAGAAAGGUCGAGGUCGUGGAUCAAAAAGAAAAGCCAAUGCACAAUACAACACUAGGAAGGCCAAGAGGGCAAUUGCAGCAAUGCUCAACCGAUCUCAAGAAGGUGCUGCUUCUGGAGACACAAGCCUCACUGAGGAGGAGAAGGCUGACAGGGAACAGGCUGAAUUGGUGCCCUUGCUGACUGGUGGAAAAUUGAAAUCUUAUCAAAUCAAAGGUGUGAAGUGGUUGAUCUCGUUAUGGCAAAAUGGACUGAAUGGGAUCCUCGCAGAUCAGAUGGGGCUUGGGAAGACAAUUCAAACUAUUGGUUUCCUUGCCCAUCUUAAAGGGAAGGGCUUGGAUGGGCCGUAUUUAGUUAUUGCUCCUCUUUCUACCCUCUCAAAUUGGGUAAAUGAGAUAUCAAGAUUUGUGCCUGCAAUAAAUGCAAUAAUCUACCAUGGUGAUAAGAACGAAAGGAAUGAGUUGAGGAGGAAAUACAUGCCCAAAGCAGUUGGCCCCAAGUUCCCUAUAAUUGUUACUUCUUAUGAGGUUGCGUUGAAUGAUGCAAAAAAAUACUUGAGGCAUUACAACUGGAAAUAUCUUGUGGUUGAUGAGGGGCAUAGGUUGAAAAACUCUAAAUGCAAAUUACUGAAGGAACUGAAAUACAUACCUGUUGAAAAUAAGCUACUGUUGACUGGGACACCCCUGCAGAACAACUUGGCAGAGCUUUGGUCAUUGUUGAACUUCAUCUUGCCUGAUAUAUUCUCAUCCCAUGCAGAAUUUGAGUCAUGGUUUGAUCUGUCUGGGAAGUGCAACAAUGAAGUUUUGAGGGAAGAGUUGGAGGAGAAGAGACGGUCUCAAGUGGUAGCAAAGCUCCAUGCUAUAUUGCGUCCUUUUCUUCUCCGAAGAAUGAAGGCUGAUGUUGAGCUGAUGCUCCCUCGGAAAAAAGAGAUUAUUUUAUAUGCAAACUUGACUGAGCAUCAAAAGAACUUCCAGGAUCAUCUGGUUAACAAGACAUUGGAGGAUUAUUUAAGAGAAAAGGUUGACACUGGGCGUGGUAUGAAAGGGAAGCUUAGUAAUUUAAUGAUUCAACUCCGGAAGAAUUGCUACCAUCCUGACCUCUUAGAGUCUGCCUUUGAUGGCUCAUAUUUCUACCCACCUGUAGAGCAGAUAGUUGAGCAGUGUGGUAAAUUCCGGCUUUUGGAGCGAUUAUUGGUGCGAUUAUUUGCCCGGAAGCACAAGGUUCUGAUCUUCUCCCAGUGGACAAAGAUUUUGGAUAUAAUGGAUUACUAUUUUAGUGAAAAAGGAUUUGAAGUUUGCAGAAUUGAUGGCAGUGUGAAACUGGAAGAGAGAAAAAGGCAGAUCGGGGAGUUCAACGAUGUAAACAGCAAUUACAAUAUAUUUCUCCUGAGCACAAGAGCUGGUGGGCUGGGUAUCAAUCUCACUGCUGCUGAUACCUGUAUAUUGUAUGAUAGUGACUGGAACCCUCAAAUGGAUUUGCAAGCAAUGGAUAGGUGUCAUAGGAUAGGUCAAACCAAACCUGUUCAUGUUUACAGGCUUGCAACAGCUCAAUCUGUUGAGUGUCGCAUUCUAAAAAGGGCUUUUAGUAAGUUGAAGCUUGAGCAUGUGGUGAUUGGUAAAGGUCAGUUCAAACAAGAAAGAAUGAAGUCUAGUGCUGUAGAUGACAUGGAGGAAGAGGAGCUUCUGGCACUGCUUCAGGACAAAGAAGAUGCUGAAGACAAGUGGAUACAGACAGACAUCAGUGACGAAGACCUGGAAAAGGUCUUGGACCGCAGUGAUUUGGUAGCUGUUCCAUUGAAUGAUGAGAGAAAAGCUAGUACUAGUGUAGAAUCAUUCCCCCUGAAGGGGCCUGGUUGGGAGGUAGUAAUACCAACUGCAACUGGAGGCAUGCUUUCAACGCUCAACAGCUGAUGAUAAUGCGAUGGACGCUAGAGUGGAGCGAGCGGGACAGCAACCAGAGGCACAUGCUCUCUGAUGAUCAGUUUUAUGGAGGUGUUCUUAGUUUUGGGAAGCUGGCUGUUGAAUUUUGUGCUUGGGAUUGGGAUCUGAGGACGCGAGAUUGGUGUUGCAUGACAAGGGCCUGGUUGUAUUUUAGGUUUGAUGCGGGGUAAUUAAAGUGCAUCUGGAAUGCUUCCUUUCAUUUUGCAUGUCUGAAAGGACUCUAGAAAGGAAGCUGGCUUUUGUAAAUGAUUCCCUUGUAUGCGGAGCUCCCUCAAGAAACUAACGGUAAAGGGAUUAAAUUUAAUGCUAAAACAAUGUGUAAGCGUCAAAUCCGUGAAUUCGCUUGUGCAUUGUGAUGUAAUUUUAAAAAUCAUUGAUUGGAACCA